AUGGAGGAGGUGAUGGAGGAGGUGAUGGAGGAGGUGAUGGAGGAGGUGACGGAGGAGGUGAUGGAGGAGGUGCUGGAGGAGGUCAACAUCUGUGCAGGCAGCUUGGCUUUCCUGAGCUGCCGCAGGAACCACGACUCCGUGAAGCUGAUCAAGUUCGCGGACGACACCACCCUCAUUGGACUCAUCUCCAACAACGAUGAGUCCGCCUACAGGAGGGAGGUGGACCGGCUGGUGUCCUGGUGCAGUGGUAACAACCUGGAGCUGAACGCCCAGAAGACAGUGGAGAUGAUUGUGGACUUCAGGAAGAGCACUGUCCCCCCGCCCCCACCCUCCGUGAUGGACUCCCCCAUCACCUCUGUGGAGUCCUUCCGUUUCCUGGGCACCACCAUCACCCAGGACCUCAAGUGGGAGCCGACCAUCAGCUCCCUCAUCAAGAAGGCCCAGCAGAGGAUGUACUUCCUGCGGCAGCUCAGGAAAGCCAAGCUGCAGUUCUACACGGCCAUCAUCGAGUCCAUCCUCACCUCCUCCAUCACCUCCUCCGUCACCUCCUCCGUCACCUCUUCCAUCGCCUCCUCCAUCACCUCUUCCAUCGCCUCCUCCAUCACCUCCUCCUCUCCUCCUCCAUCUCCUCCUCCAUCACCUCCACCAUCACCUCCUCCACCACCUCCUCCAUCACCUCCUCAUCACCUCCUCCAUCACCUCCACCAUCACCUCCUCCACCACCUCCUCCAUCACCUCCACAUCACCUCCUCCAUCUCCUCCUCCAUCACCUCCUCCAUCACCUCCUCCAUCACCUCCUCCAUCACCGUGUGGUUCGCUGGAGCCACAGUCAGGGACAAACAGAGACUACAGCGCAUUGUGCGCUCUGCAGAGGAAGUGAUCGGCCGCAGCCUUCCAUCGCUGCAGGACCUGCAGGAGACUGCGGUCCAUCAGGACUAG